CCAGCCCCACGACGCCAUGAACGGCGGUGGCGCGGCGGCCGGGACGACGGGCCGACGGUGAAGCGGGGACUCCACGAGCCACGCCCACGCGCUCCCAGCGAUGCCGGUGCGGCGGCGGGCGCCGCGGCCGCAGGACACGGGGGCCGUGAAGAGGUACACGGAGAUGGGGAUAGCGGCCGCGCUGUCGCGGCCCUGGGACUACCCGACGGCGUGCCGCGAGCUGGCCGAGCUCCUGCGCCACGGGUACGCGGGCCUCCCCAAGGCCGCCCAGGCCCUCGCCGCCGCCGACGUGCUCGUCGCGUUCCGCCGCCUCCCCGAUGUGCAGACAGAACAUGCAUUAGCGGCAGCCAAUGGUCUUCUCCUAGCGGUAGAAGCUUCCCUGCCAAAACAAAAAAAGUCACAAGCUGUUUCAGAGUUCAAGUAUUCUGUAAUUUUACAUAAGAGGCGGGCUAAAGUCCAACAAGAGCCAGGUCCCCCACACAUACCAAAUGAUGUGCUUAUUCAUAUCUUCAGUUUUCUGGACAUGCGUUCUUUGGUGGCAGCUAGUCUUGUGUGCUGGCCUUGGAAUUCAUCUGCAAACGACAGCAAGCUGUGGAAAACAAACUACUCCCUCUUCUUUAGCGCGUCCCAUUUGAGCUCCAACAGCACGCCUGUAUCCAGUGGUAUACAAAACAGUCAUGCUCUUCUUGUGCAGAAUAAUGUGGAUCCAGUAUUUGAUGAUCCCAAUUUGAACUGGAAAGAGGUUUUCCGCAACAAGCAUGCAGAGUGCAUAAGCUGGAGUGCCUCAUCAAAUAGAGCAAUAUGUCAGCAAUGCCGUUCGAUUCUUUGGCUGAGCAAUUUGACGUGUGCUGCUCCUCACCAUUGUCCUAAGAAAGGAAGAGAUGAAGUAAAACUAAUGCCCAUGUUACCUUAUGCAGUUGCUUGUUACAUAUUAAAUGCUCAUGAUCGACCGUCUUCAUCAUCUGACAGUGAAGAUACAGAUAGUGAUUCUGAAAACAACGUGCCCAGACGACUUUGGAAUUCUCGUGUUUGAGUGAAUUCGCUUGUAUAUAUGUGUAAGCUAGUUUUGUUGUACCGUUUAUAUUCUGGUGAUUUCUGACACCGGCAUUCACGCUGUUGUAAUUCACCAUGAAAUGUUCAAUGAGAACUUAUAACUUCAAACACUCUGCUCCUACACCCACUGCUGUAAACAGAACACUAGCAGCGAUAGCAACUCUUGAUAAGGACAAGUGAUCAUAUGCAAAGAUGGUUUUAUA